AUGAGCACAUCCGCCGAAGGUGAGGUUCAUGACCUCAUGGAGAAACUACAGGCGGACUCUUUCAUCAAAAUCAUCACCUCGGACAACUCAUUGAAUCCAUAUCUCAUGCCCAAAACCGUUCUUGAGGGGCAGUCGGAAUACUUUGCAACACGCAUACAAAACCGCCAACAGGUUUUCAAUUUCACAGCGGACAGUGUUGUUGCGUGGCAUACGUAUCUACACUGGCUAGUCGAGCAGCGGCUGCGGGAGGACAUGAUGACCGACGACAAGGUGCCCGACCUUCAGCUCAUUGUCAAGUGCUACACUCUCGGGGAGCGGUAUGACCUGAUGGCCUUCGAAGACGAGGUCAUGCUGGUUCUUCUUGAGGCUGCCGACGAUUACGACGAUGGUCGAGACUGGCUCGACGCGGACACUAUGUUGUUGGCUUUCGAGGCGAGUCCCGAAUGGUCGAUGCUUCGCGAAUUGCUGGUCGAGGAAGCAGUGCUGGGGAGACUCGGCUUUAUCGGCCUCUUUGCUGAUAAGUGGGCGAACAGCGCUUAUCCGAAGACGAGCAGGUUCGACGAGGAGGAGUGCAUGACCAAGUACUUCUGGAAGAAGUACAUGGUGGGCCCAGUGGAGAAGUACGAGGUCGCUCAGUUCAAGCAAAUGGGCAGAACUCAGACACGGGAGAGCGAAUAA